UUAGAGAGCACAAUUUUAUUUUUAUGCUUUUCUUAUUUUCUGCCUUUUCAUUUUGAUAAAGUUUCGAUUCGAAUGUUUGCUUUGGCAGUUUUGUUGCAUUAUCUUAGGUGGUUAUUAUGCGUUUUUGAUCUCUAAACUUUGCAGUGCAUGAUAUUACCAUUUCCUGUAGGCUGUACUGAUGAUUUCCGUCUUCGCAGUGCAUGCCAGAAACCAGCCUUGAUAGUACUGUAUCGAGAGCUGGAGGUGCCUCCUCAUACUUCGCCUAUCCCGCGCGCGGAAGACUGCUGCAACCUGCCACAUCGCUGAAUAUUCCUCGCUGCCACAAUGCCCCUGUCAUCGACCGUAAAAUCUGCAUUGCGGACAUCGCUUUUACUCAGGCGAUCAUUGCACACCACAACAACGCGGCUGGGCAAUCCCGUCUGGGUACCCGAUGUGAAGUUUAUAGCCAAAUUCCAAGGCCCGGUUCUGGUGCCUGAAGAUAAGCCUCUCGCCUUGGGAAAACAUGAUAUCGUGUUCACCAACAUGGCCACUCUUCCCGUGGAGAAGAAGGUGCGCAAUAUGGUGCUCAAUUUCGGCCCGCAACAUCCCGCAGCGCACGGUGUAUUACGUUUGGUUUUGGAGUUAGACGGAGAGACGGUGGUGCGGGCGGAUCCCCAUAUCGGGCUGCUGCAUCGCGCCACGGAGAAGUUAAUCGAGUAUAAAACCUACAUGCAGGCUCUGCCGUACAUGGACCGUCUGGAUUACGUGUCCAUGAUGUGCAAUGAGCAGUGCUUCUCGCUGGCUAUUGAGAAAUUAUUAAAUAUUGAAAUUCCCAUCCGUGCAAAAUGGAUCAGAGUUUUAUUUGGAGAACUUACUCGUAUUUUAAAUCACAUUAUGGGCGUGACGACGCAUGCCCUGGACGUCGGAGCAAUGACGCCAUUUUUCUGGCUGUUUGAGGAACGCGAAAAGUUGUGCGAAUUUUAUGAACGAGUUUCGGGUGCACGAAUGCACGCGAACUAUGUUCGUCCCGGUGGAGUGCAGUACGAUUUGCCGUUGGGAUUAAUGGAUGACAUCUACGACUGGGCUAUUAAAUAUAACCAGCGUCUGGAUGAAUUGGAAGACGUGCUCACCGGCAAUCGUAUCUGGAAAGCCCGAACUGUCGGCAUUGGAACGGUGUCGGCGGAGGAUGCGCUUGCUUAUGGGAUGAGUGGUGUGAUGCUACGGGGAUCCGGCAUCAAAUGGGAUCUGCGCAAAGUGCAGCCGUACGAUGCCUACGAUCAAGUGGAAUUCGAUGUGCCCAUCGGUUCACACGGGGAUUGCUACGAUCGCUACCUGGUGCGCGUGGAGGAAAUGCGCCAGUCGCUGCGGAUCAUCCAUCAGUGCCUGAAUAAAAUGCCACCUGGUGAGAUCAAAGUGGACGAUAACAAGGUGGUGCCUCCCUCCCGAAAGGAAAUGAAGGAAUCGAUGGAGGCGUUAAUCCACCAUUUCAAGCUGUACACCGAAGGUGUACAAGUCCCGCCCGGCUUCACCUACACCGCCGUGGAGGCGCCCAAAGGGGAGUUCGGGAUCUACCUGGUGUCGGACGGCACGAGCCGACCGUAUCGCUGCAAGAUCAAGGCGCCCGGCUUCGCGCAUCUCGCGGCCAUCGACCACAUCGGCAAGCAGCACAUGCUGGCCGACAUUGUGGCCAUCAUCGGGACACUGGAUAUCGUCUUCGGGGAAGUGGAUCGAUAAAUGCGUCAAACCAGACUGUGUACAGGUUUAAUGUUAUGUAGUGUCAGUGCGUGUGUUGUACUCUGAUAGUGUGUUUUCACCUGUGUCGUUUAGAUGAUGGAAAUGCUACUGUGGGGGAGAUACCUUUUACUAAUGUGACUGUUAUUGUGGCUUAAAUUGGUUGUAAGCAUUCUUUAACGGCUUAAUUUGAGCGCUUAUCAAAAGAACGGUGCGUUUCUUGAAGUUUUGCUGUUU